AUGGCUUGGUCGACUGGCCUUCUGAUCCUGCUGGCCGCGCUUGGUGCUCAAGGCGUAUGGGCCCAGGCCAACCGAGGGUCAGACUUUUUGCGCUUUGCCUGCUCCCAGCUCGUUGUGGAGCGUACCGACCCCCUUGUCAACCCAGGGCAGAAGCCGUCGCCGCAUAUGCACCAGAUUGUGGGAGGCAGCUCCUUCAACAUCACGAUGGACCCAAUGACCAUCGACCCGCCCAAGACAUCCCGGUGCACCUCCUGCCGGAUGGUCCAAGAUUUUAGUAACUACUGGACAGCAUCCAUCUACUUCCAGUCUCCGGAGAACGGCACAUUCAAACGAAUUCCCCAGAUGGCCAACGGACAGCUAAACGGGACCCUGAUGAAGCAGGAGGGAGGCAUCACCGUCUAUUACAUGCGCCCCUUCAGCGGGAGGAACAAAAAGACAACCGUUAUGAAGCCUGGCUUCCGCAUGCUCGCGGGCGAUGUGAGCCGCACGGCCAAGGCCAGCGGCCCGCUCACCAUCUGCCACCGAUGCCUUUCGGCGAGUGAGCGGGUGAUGGGGGGCACGGGCGCGCCAUGCGACCGCUCCGACACGUCCGAGUUCCCCAACAAGCCGUGCCCCGGCGGCAUCCGCACCACCGUCAUCUUCCCCUCGUGCUGGGACGGCAAGAACCUGGACAGUCCCGACCACAAGUCCCACGUCGUUUAUCAGGCGGGCAGCGCCCUCGCUGGGGACCAGUGCCCGAGCACGCACCCCGUGCGCAUCCCGUAUGUGAUGUACGAGGUCAUGUACGAUACCAGCGGCGCGUUUGCAAACCCAAAGUACUACAAAGAUGGGAAGCAGCCGCUUGUCUACAGCUACGGCGACUCCAAGGGAUACGGAAACCACGGAGACUACCUCUUUGGCUGGGAAGAUGACUCGCUCCAGCGCGCCAUGGACGCUCUCGGCACCGACUGCUUCAGCGAGACCUGCCCGGUGCUGCAGUUGCAGUCGGCCGAGGAUGCCAUCGCCUGCACCAACCCACAGCAAUACAAGGAGGACAUUGGCAACGACGGAUGGCUGAAGGAGCUUCCUGGUGGCAAUGCCGUCUACUGA